CAUUGAUCAUAUUUAAACACAUUCUGUUGUGAGUUUGUGAGUGAGAUGACGGAGGCUUUGGGACAGGACUAGUCCACCCCCCACCCCUCUCUCUCUCCCGCUCACACACACACACACACACACACACACAGUGUCCCGCAGCUGGAAGAGUUUCUCCGCGCUGUGAUGAGGCUCCGUGGCUCCGGGGAGCGGCGGAGGGAGACGGGAGAGACGGCGGAGGAGGCGCGCGGAGGCCGUGGAGGGGCUCCGGAGACGGAGAAACCGAGAGAGAGAGCGAUGGCGGCGGGAGGAAUCACCACGCUUCCCGCUUUACCGGAGGACGGCGCCAGCGGAGGCUUUCCCCCGGUGAACUUCAAGGAGCCCAAGCGGCUUUACUGCAAGAACGGCGGCUUCUUCCUCCGGAUCCACCCCGACGGGCGAGUGGACGGCAUCCGCGAGAAGAGCGACCCGCACAUUCGGCUGCAGCUCCAGGCCACGGCCGUCGGUGAAGUGGUGAUCAAAGGGAUCUGUGCGAACCGUUACCUCGCCAUGAACGCGGACGGACGACUGUUCGGGACGAGAAGAACAACAGAUGAAUGCUAUUUCCUGGAGAACCUGGAGUCAAACAACUACAACACGUACCGAUCCCGAAAGUAUCCCGACUGGUACGUGGCUCUGAAGAGAACAGGCCAGUAUAAAUCGGGCUCGAUGACCGGCCCGGGCCAGAAGGCCGUCCUGUUUCUGCCCAUGUCAGCCAAGUGCUGAUGGAGAGAUGCUGUCAAACACAAACCAACCUUACACCGACACACGAUGAGCUCAUCCGGGCCGGAAAAACACUUCCAUCUAGGAACGCUUCCCAAAGAGAAGCACUUGGAGAGGAGUUCAGGGUUUAUUAGUUUGUGUUCAAUCACCGAUAUCCUCAGAAGAGACUCCAAAUUCUUAAAUACUCUUAUUACUCCACUAUAAUUACUCGAGGAAAGGCAUAGGGUUGGUUCGGAGAGUCACUGAUCUCUCGCAGGAAUGUUUUCCGUUCGGCUACAAAAUGUGAGUUGACUCUAAUGCUGCUUCUUUAUGGAAAACGCUCGUAUAUGCAAGUAUUUCUAGACUGUAUUUUAGAAAAGGGAUUUGUAAAUGCAAAGGUUUGCUUCGAUGAAGGGAUUCAUAGUACACCGUGAAUGUUUUUCGUAAAACUUUAUUCUGUUUUUCAUAUAUAAGGUCUUAGCUGAGAAGAACAGUCAUUGUGCGAGCGACAGUAAGAUUAAAAGUAACAGUCUUUUGGGGGUUUUUAAGUUAACUUUUCUAAAAACUCAAAAGCUCCAGGCAGAUUAUGUGAGGUAGCGUAUUAUAAAGUUAUCAAACUGGUCCAUCUGCAACACACUCUUGGAAAUAAAGGAACAUUUGAGCCGUUUUUAAAAUACUGCAUUCAUUAUAGCACCUGAAAUAAUUCUGGUGUGAAUCUCAUGAAGAAGUCAUGUGUAAAAUACAGAAAAAUUAAGUAUUUCUUCUUAGUGCUGUUAUUGUGAAAAAUGUCCAGCUAUUACAAAUAUUAUUGUGAUAUAUAUUUAAUUCAAAGGUCAUUUAUAAUAUAUACACAAUUGUAUUUAAUUAUAUGUUUUUGCAUGUCACAGUAAGU